CGAAAUAUCAUAACUCGAUUGUUUACGAUUAAAAAUGUGGUAGCCAUGAUUCGAAACAAUAUGGCUUCUGUGUAAAUAUAGUCCUUACAUAUAACUAAUCAAAUAAAAUAGAUAAUUAUCAACAUUCUUCUGUCUUUUCUCAUAUAACUAGUUUAAUAGCAAGUUAUAACAUCGAUUUAUGUGUCACGUGAUCACAACGAUAGCGCGCGCCAAAAUUUGAAAAUUCACGAAACAUUUUCUCGCAUAUUAUAAUUCUUUAUUACGUUAAACAAUAGAAACAAAUUAAUUUUUACAAUGUCGAAACCGAUUGUUUUUGUUACGGGUAACGUUAAAAAGUUGGAAGAAUUUGUCGCAAUAUUGGGCAAAAAUUUUCCUCGCGAAAUAACGAGCAAAAAGAUAGAUCUUCCGGAAUAUCAAGGUGAGAUCGAUGAUAUUUGCCGAGAUAAAUGUCGUGCGGCAGCAGAAAUUGUUAAAGGUCCUGUCAUCAUUGAAGAUACAUGUCUUUGCUUUAAUGCAAUGAAAGGUCUUCCAGGACCUUACAUAAAAUGGUUUUUAGAAAAACUAGGACCCGAGGGAUUAUACAAAAUGCUUCAUGGUUGGGAAGAUAAAAGUGCCGAAGCUGUUUGUACAUUCGCUUAUUGCGAAAAUGAAGAUAAAAAUACUCCAGUACUUCUUUUUCAAGGACGAGUUCCAGGUAUCAUCGUCGAUCCACGAGGAUCAAGAGAUUUCGGUUGGGAUCCAUGUUUUCAACCUUUAAAUUAUGAAAAAACCUAUGCCGAAUUACCUAAAGAAGUGAAGAAUGAAAUUUCACAUCGUAGCAAAGCAUUGGAAAAAUUAAAAGAUUAUUUUGUAAAACAAUCAUAAAUUUCCUUAAUAAAUGAAAAUAUAUCUUUGAA